CAAAGCAUGGCUUCAAGACUUUUGUUAGCUAGUAUUAAUUUUUUCGGUGUCUGAACCAUUCGAUUAACUUUAAGUUUAAUAAUAUUGUGAUAUUGUGAGUAAUAAUUAUGUCUAGCAGCCGAUUUACUCCCAAAGGUUUCCCAUCAGUUCCGCUCCAGAAUGGUAUCGGACGUUAUAUUUGCCAGUUGAAAAGAGUUACAUUAAGAUUUUGCAAAAGCAGUGGUUCCAGCCGUGGAGUACGUGAUUUCAUCGAAACCGAACUUAUUUCUUUUGCACAAGAUCAUCCGGGUACAGUUGUAUACUUGAAGCCCCGUCGUCACAAGUCGCCCUCAUUUGUUGCUGAAUAUUUGAAUGGUGAACGAGAAGUGAUCAGUUGCCACAACUUCAGUUCACAUGAAAUGAUCAAGUGGUUAAACUUAUACGCCACCCGAUCAGGUAUACCGUUGAAAAGGUACUUAAAAAUGUGGCAUACAGAAUGUCCUUCCAUACAAGGUGUAUGGAGCCCGUUCACAAACAUGGAUCCAGCAUUGAACAUAACACAGUUUCCAUCUAAAAAGCUUUCGAAUCCUGUAUGGGAAGAGAAAUCCGCCACAGAAGAAUUAUUAGAGAAAGUAAAACAACAAAAGAUCAGUAGUGAUGAUGAAAAUGAUGAUGACAAUACACAUUCAAAUCGAGCGGCCCAAGUUUAAAUAUAAGGUUUUAGAAAACUGUUAGUUUCAUGUAAAACAAAAAUAUUACUUUAUAACAUACUGUUCAUUAUUUUGUUUUUUUAGUAUUUGUGCAAAUUUAAUUUUAAUCAUAUUUAAUAUUUUGUUAUGUUUUAUCUGCAUAAUAAAUCAUUCAGUCUAUA